CCACUUCCAAGAUGGCCGCGGGUGGAGCCGACCAGUUUCUCUUUGGACCAAGAUGACUGAUGGAAACUUUUCCACCUCUACAAAUGGCAUAGCCUUGAUGGGCAUACUGGAUGGAAACUCCCUUCAGAACCUGCAGCACGUGACUCUCAAGGCGUCCAGAUCCCUCUCGGCUCCUGAGCAUGGGCCCAAGCUGAAGCUCGGUGCUUUAGAUGAUCGGCAUAGCCUGCAGUCAGUGGACUCGGGCAUUCCUACCCUGGAGAUUGGCAACCCAGAACCCGUCCCCUGUAGUGUGGUUCACGUGAAGAGGAAACAGUCUGAGUCAGAGAUCAUCCCCGAGAGAGCCUUCCAGAGUGCGUGCCCCCUGCCGUCCUGCCCAGCACCGGCUCCUGCGAGCACCGAGCGGGAGCAGAGUGUGCGCAAGUCCUCCACGUUUCCCAGGACGGGCUAUGACUCGGUGAAACUCUACAGCCCCACUUCCAAAGCCCUGAACCGCAGCGAUGACGUCUCCGUCUGCAGCGUGUCCAGUCUUGGCACGGAGCUGUCAGCCACACUGUCUGUCAGCAAUGAGGACAUCUUGGACCUCGUGGUCACAAGCAGCUCCAGUGCGAUUGUGACCCUGGAGAACGACGAUGACCCACAGUUUACUGAUGUCACCCUAAGCUCCAUCAAAGAAACCAGUGACUUCCACCAGCAGGACCGUGUUGAUGAAUCUGAGGAGGGGAGUAAAUUGAAAAUAUUGGGACCAUUUAGUAACUUCUUUACAAGGAAUUUGCUUGCUAGAAAACAAAAUUCAAGACUUGACAAACAAAAUGACUUGGGAUGGAAGUUAUUUGGAAAAGUUCCACUGCGAGAGAGUGCUCAGAAAGAUUCAAAGAAGAUACAAAAGGAAUAUGAAGACAAGGCUGGGAGAUCUAGCAAGCCACCUUCUCCGAAGCAGAAUGUGAGGAAAAACCUUGAUUUUGAGCCACUUUCCACCACUGCACUCAUCCUUGAGGACAGACCAGCAAAUCUCCCAGCAAAACCAGCUGAAGAAGCUCAGAAACAUCGACAGCAAUAUGAGGAAAUGGUGGUUCAGGCCAAGAAACGAGAGCUGAAAGAAGCCCAGAGGAGGAAAAAACAGCUGGAAGAAAGAUGCAGAGUAGAAGAAAGCAUUGGAAACGCUGUUCUUACGUGGAAUAAUGAGAUUUUACCCAACUGGGAAACCAUGUGGUACUCUAGAAAAGCUCGCGACCUCUGGUGGCAGGGGAUCCCUCCAAGUGUGAGAGGCAGAGUCUGGAGCCUAGCCAUCGGCAACGAGCUGAACAUCACCCAUGAGCUCUUUGACAUCUGUCUUGCCCGAGCCAAGGAGAGGUGGCGGUCCUUCAGCACAGGAGGCUCUGAAGUGGAAAAUGAAGAUGCUGGUUUUUCAGCAGCAGACAGAGAAGCCAGUCUGGAGCUUAUUAAACUGGACAUUUCUAGAACUUUUCCUAACCUCUGCAUUUUCCAGCAAGGCGGGCCGUAUCAUGACAUGCUGCACAGUAUUUUGGGCGCUUAUACUUGUUACCGACCGGAUGUGGGUUAUGUUCAGGGCAUGUCCUUCAUAGCAGCAGUAUUGAUCUUGAACUUAGAUACUGCGGAUGCCUUUAUUGCUUUUUCUAAUCUUUUGAAUAAACCCUGUCAAAUGGCAUUUUUUCGAGUGGACCAUGGCCUUAUGUUGACUUACUUUGCUGCAUUUGAGGUAUUCUUUGAAGAAAAUUUGCCGAAGUUAUUUGCUCAUUUCAAGAAAAACAACUUAACUCCAGACAUCUACCUAAUUGAUUGGAUCUUUACCUUGUACAGUAAAUCUUUGCCCCUGGACCUGGCCUGUCGAAUCUGGGAUGUGUUCUGUCGAGAUGGGGAAGAGUUCCUCUUCCGCACGGCCCUGGGCAUCCUGAAGCUGUUCGAGGACAUCCUGACCAAGAUGGACUUCAUCCACAUAGCCCAGUUCCUGACCAGGCUGCCCGAGGACUUGCCCGCAGAAGAGGUCUUUGCCUCCAUUGCUACGAUCCAGAUGCAGAGUCGGAACAAGAAGUGGGCCCAGGUCCUGACUGCAUUGCAGAAAGACAGCCGGGAAAUGGAGAAAGGAAGCCCGUCCCUCAGACACUGAGGCUGCAGACGCAGACAUCACUGGACUCGGCACCGAAGCAGAUCCCCAGGUGGCUCCUGUGUUAUGGGCUCAUCCUGGCAGCUGAGAAGAACAGGGGCGCUUUUCAUGUGUGAUUCCCAACACUGGAGUUGGCCUUAAAACAAAACAGAACUUCUAAAGAAUUAAACCAAGGCUUAGCCUUAAGAAGCUCAGUGGAACGAUGACUGGAUGUUGACCGCGGCCAACCACUGCAUUUUCUGCAUGGUUUAAAGAUAGGGCAGUGGCUAACCUCCCCCCUUUAUUUCAGCGAAAGCGAAUUAAAUUGUAAUGCUCUUAUGUCAACUUCCGAAAGUAUAUCACAAUCAUUUUUUAGCCAAGAUGCAUGAGAAAUGUUAUUUGGGAGGUCUCGGAGAUGUUAUUGGCUCCUAUGUACGUAUUUUAGAUGAGAAAGGGAUUGCUGACUUAGUUAUCGAGGUGGUCAUUCCAGAGCUGGAGGUCGCGUUUUCAAAGCCCACCUACCAAAGACAGCACGAGAGGAAAACGGGCUCUCAUAGGGUCCCUGCUGCCGAGUGCUCACGGGCUCCUUAGGAACCAGCCCAACCUUCGGGUUGACGUUUUACCAUGUUGCCUUGACAAAAUGACGGUGUGAAGGCUGAAAAUGCAUGUUGAGGUCUGGGCGUAGCAUACUGCCCAGAGGUCGCUCCUGAGCAAAGGUGAGAAUUUCAGGCAGCUAGAGCUGUUUGCAAGGAAGGCCUUAGAGCUGCUGGGAAACAGAAUGCAGGUAGCCCCCUUUAAGUAAAAGGUUGGGAAAGAGGAUGUUCCGACUCACGCCCUCUCCCACCCUCCUUGUUUUUGUGGAGAAGGUACGGCAGUGGGAGCAGCAGCGUGUGGGGACCUCGCUCCCUCGCUCUCUGACAGUGUUCCUCUGCCUUUGCCAC